UGAUAGGGUUGGAUAUUGUUGUCAAGUGAUGUGAAGCGUGCCUUUGAGUGCAUUCGGGUGCUAUGGCAGAUCCAGCCAACCGGCCGACCCUCCUGGAGGAGCGGCGCCGGCGUUCGCCCACCAGUCCACCCUCCAUCCCGUCUUCUUCCAGUUCAAUGUCAAAGCAACUGGGGUCCUUUCGGGAGCGGCAGGAGGCCUUGCUGGCGAAGCAGGGUCGGUUGAAUGCCACCGCAGCCUCGCGCCAUGCUGUGCCGAUGGAAGAGGCGGAGACAGAUGAUCUCCGCUCUGCUGCAGGCAGUGUGGCCAGCAAGGCGCCGUCCUUGCAUCCCUCGGUGGCCAGCUCCAUGGGCCUCUCCGAGGUGACCUUGGGUGCCGGUGAUGACACCGCCUAUUGGGAUUUCCAGCAUCGCAAGGUCGAGAAGAAAGAUUUGGGGCACAAGUGCUUCGAGUGCAAAGAGACCUUCAAAUCGCUCGGAGGAGCCUUGACCGAGCGCCGGGGCGGCCGCGUCUCCAUGAGAUACCAUGGAGAAUGCUUCAGCGGCUUUGCGGAUCCGCGAUCCCAGGCGCGCUCCUCGCACCACGAAGGGCGCCUCGCGGGGUCGCAGCUCCAAGCAGCACCGCAGGAGGUCACCACCAAGAUGCGUACAGCCAAGCACUUUGAGCAGGGGGGGCGAGUGGCCUCUAGCAUCGGCGGAAAGUUCGGUACCAUGAUGGCCAUGGGCCACAACUCCUUUGGCUCCAAGUCCUCCAAGGGGAAGGUCCAUUUGCCGCAGCGCGCCCCCGGCGAUCUCACCGAGGAGCAACUGGCCGCACAUGAUGCCCAGCUGGAGGCCAUCGACGAAGAUAAGGAGUUGGAGUCGUAGAAGGACACCCAGUUUCACCGCAUGUGCUCCAGAGCACCAGCUCGCGAUCGAGCCGAAUUGGGUGGAGACCGAGCCGGUGGGAGCUAGAGUUCGCAGAAGAACAAAAA